AUGGCCACCCCCAAUGUUCUGACUUUUGACGCUGAGGGGAGGGCCAUUGACUUUGCCGUCUGGAUUGAAGACCUGCAGCUGUACUUACUGUGUGAUGCGAUCGAUGAGGUCUCUCUCUUUGACUUUGUCUCUGGCGCUGUCCCUGCCCCUCCUGCUGAUGCUGACUCUGCCGUUCGCUCCAAGUGGGCGACCCGCGAUGCUGCUGCACGUCUUGCUGUGCGUCGCCACCUCCCUUCCUCCGAGCGUGCCCACUUAAGUCAGUGCAAGACCGCUCAGGCCUUGUACGACGCUGUAGUUGCACGCUACUCCUCCCCUUCCUCCGCUACACUUAGCCGCCUCAUGCUACCGUUUCUCUUCCCUGACCUCGCUUCCUUUCCCACUGUCGCUGACCUCGUUACCCACCUCCGCGCUAGUGACACGCGCUACCGAGCUGCGCUUCCUGCUGAGUUCCGCGCCGCAAACCCUCCUCCCAUGUACAUCACUCUCUACUUUCUCGUCACCCAUCUCCCUGAGUCCCUUCGUGUCGUUAGGGACCAGUUUCUCUCUGUCUGUCCCACCACCCUUACUGUCGACCUCCUUGAGGAGUCCCUGCUAGCGGCUGAGAAGAGCAUCGUCGCAGUAGGGGCCUCUCGGGGUGACCCUCGCACCCCCAUCUUUGAGGGGUGUUCUCCUUCCCCCCUACUGCCCUCUGUCGCCUCUGCCGCUGCGGCCGACCUCGCUGGUUUUGAGUCGGUCGGUGCGGCGUCUGCCCCCAGUGGUAGACGCCGCGCUGGCAAGGGCAAGGGGGGCAAGGGAGCGGGUGGAGCUAGAGGGGGCAGUGGUGGAGGAGGUGGGGGUGGCGGGGGGAGUGGGGGUGGCGGUGGAGGUGGUGGCGGGAGUGGAGGUACUGGUGGCGGAGGCGGAGGCGGAGGUGGCGGCGGAGGCGGUAGCGGAGGAGGCGGUGGGAGCGGCGGGGGCGAGGGUGCCGGUGGGGGCGAUGGCGGUGGAGACGGGAGUGGCAGUGGAGGCGGGGGUGGCGGUGGUGGCGGGGGUCGGAGUGGCUCGUCCCAGCGGAGCAGCUCUGGAGGUGGUCAGCGCCAGCAGCAGCAGCAGCAGCAACCGCAGCAGCAGCAGCAGCAGCCACAGCAGCAGCAGCGCUCUCGCGCCGUCCCCGCCCCUCAGCAGCUCCGUGAGUGGUAG